UUAAAAUUCAAAAUCCUCAACAUCGUUAUUCUACAAAACCCAAAAAAAGCGUCGUCAGUGCUUCUGUCUCUUCCACACCGUCUUCACAAAACAACACUUCACGUCUACUACAAACGAACAAUGGGGCUCCUGAUGUACAUCAUCCUUGUUCUUUUCUUCGGCGCGAUCGGCUUUGGUGCAGCUGAGUAUUUGCGCAAGGUGAAGGACGCAGGAGCGGGCAAAGCGAAGGGUGGCGGAGCGCCUGGAGCCGAGUCGAAGUCUGGCAAGAAGUCUGGCUCAGCGGAAACUGCAGCGAGUGGCGGCGCCAAGAAGGGCAAGAAGAAGUAA